AUGUCAUCGCGUCCCCUGCGGCCCAUCCAGCCCGCGCCCUCGGGAACUUCCAGGCAACCACCAAGCACCGCGCGGCCUCGGGGGACAAAGGCGUCAAUCGCUUGUGUUGAAUGCCGCAAGAACAAAUCCAAGGCACUUGCCACUUGCGUCGGGGGAGUGCCAUGCGACCCCUGCCGUCGGGCGAAUGCAGAGUGCGUGGUCGACGCGGCCAGCGACGGUCGCAAGAAAGGAGCCCUCGACCGCAGAGUGAAUGUGCUGAGGCGAGAUCGUACACUAUUACAUGGAUUGGUGCGGACUCUGGCUGAUAACGAUAAUGAAUCCAGUAGCAUCUUGAAUGUCAUUCAGAGCAACGCCUCACUCGAUGAAAUCCGAGAUUUCCUGGAGCAGCACCUACCAGCGGAGAGCCAGCCUGGAGAAGGGCAGACUCACAAUAGUCCCCUGUAUCGCGUACCCGCACGGCCGUGGACGUUGCUUACGGAUGAUAGUGACUAUGUUUCUCAUCUGAUAUCUUUGUACUUCACGUGGAACCAUCCCGUGCACAAGUGGAUCGAGCGCGAUCUGUUCCUCAGAGACAUGGAGGCUGGCAGUCUAGAGUGCUCUUUUUGCUCUCCGUUCCUUGUCAAUGCAAUGCUGGCAGUUGCAUGUUCUUACCUGGACCCGCCAGCAGGGAGUCUGCCACAAGCCAAUAUCACCCCUGAUGCAUCGACAUUUGUUGCCGAGGCAAGGAGAUUGUUGGACCAGGACCAUGGUAGGCUUUCUCUCACAAACUUCCAGGGUCGAUGUGAACUAUACAUCAGCCUAUGGGCGAUGUGCAAGCAUAUGGCCGGCUGGCAAUAUCUUGUUGAAAUUGCGAGCUGCUCGGCCCAGCUGCUCGCUCAGCGAAAUGCAGCCAAAGCAAAGGGCGAUGGAAAAUCCCAGGAGCUAGUAACGGCCAUCGAGACGGCCGUUAAUGGUGUGUCAAGCCUACUUCCUGUCGCGUUGCCAACCAUGCAUCAGUCAUUGAUUCUACCUGAACCGGCGCACAGGCCUAGUUGUGACACCCAUGGUGGCGCAGACCUUUGGCAUCCGUAUCCGAUGAUGGCGGAAUCGAUACCGGGGCAUGCCGACUGUGUGGCACUUGAGCUGGUCGAGUUGCAACUCAUACUUUGGGAUAUUUCAAAAGCGAUUUCCGCCGAAUAUGCCUGGUUCACCCAUGAAUUAGCCAAUGAAUACUAUGAGCGCUUGCAAAAGUGGGCAGGGAACCUUCCAGGUCUGCGCUAUUCCAGCGCCAUCAUAAGUUUAUGCAACGCAGCUGAGAAUAUCAGCCAAAUGAAUGGGCUGUUUGCGUUUAACUCCACAACCCAAAGGCUUUCAUGUGCGCGAACAACCUGUUCCCUGCUGCAAAGUUUCGCGUCACGGUGGUCCGAAAAGUAUAUGCCAAUCACGUUUGUACGGUACGCAGACCUCGCAUUAUCUGCGUUACUCGCCGACCUAGAAAAUGUUGAAAGUAGUAACAUGUUUGCUGCAACCUUCAUGAUUUUCCAUACGCUCGUGGCGCGAGUACCCAUAGCAGCGCAGAUGCUGCAGCGCGUCCGGGAACAGGCAAAAAAGGCUCACAUAGCCCUCCCACAGGCCACUAUCUAUCCCAAUCAGCGAUCGACGGCUGAACACUAA